AUGUACGAUCGUUGCGGAAAGAAAGGCGUUUUUGGUCAAGAGUUACCAUGUCCAGAUAAUCAACCCGCUCGAAAGACUACACCCGAUCUUAAGUCAGCACUCACUCGAAUUUGUGGUAGUCAAUUCUCAAGCUUGGAGACGGCUUGUUGUACGAAAGAUCAACUCGAAGAACUCUCUCAAUCGCUCUCCCAAGCAGAACCUCUGAUAUCGUCUUGCCCGGCCUGUCGCAACAAUUUCCGCCAGUUUUACUGUCACUUUACCUGCUCACCCAAUCAAGCCACUUUCCUCAACGUAACAUCUACUCAAACUGUUAAAAACUCGAAGACUGGAGAGCUUAACCCUGCCGUCAAAGCUGUUGAUUUUUGGGUAGACCCCCGAUUCGGUGGCGCGUUUUUUGAUAGCUGCAAGGAAGUCAAGUUUGGGGCUACUAAUGGUUACGUCAUGGAUCUCAUUGGCGGUGGCGCUAAGACUUGGACUAAAUUUCUGCAAUAUAUGGGUGAUGAAAAGCCCGGACUAGGUAGUCCGUUUCAAAUCAACUUUCCAACCCGCUCCGCGCCCAACUAUCAACACGAUUCUCUUCAACCUCUCUUGAAAAUAGACACCAGCUCAACAACUGCAACAGUUCCGAUCAAUUCAACUCUCACCCCUCUCAACGCUGAUGCUUUUAGAUGUGACUCGACCGCCCUAGAUGCUCGUUGCGCUUGUUCAGAUUGCUCGGCCGUAUGCGCCUCUCUUCCACCUCCACCGCCCUUAUUCAUUCCAUCCACUCCUUCAGAUAGCUGUCACGUCGGUCAGUUAAAGUGCGGGGACUUCUUCUGGAUAUUCAUCUACUCCCUGGCUCUAUCGGGUGCGCUAAUUUUUACGACAUGGAAAGAAGUUAUGAGACGCCGGAAAAUUCACUUGGCCACCGGCCGGAAUGGCGGAAAUUAUGGCGGAUACGAAACACCCAGCGGAUACGAACGUGUUAGCAUGCAUGACCCUUUAGCCCCUAGUGGCUCAGAAUUAUCCGAUUCACCCGAGAGCGAACAUGAAGACUCAGAUCAUCCGGGUCAAGCAGUAAACCCACUGAUUGGGGCCUCGUCGAUGGCAGACGCUGAGGGGCCAGUGGCUUCUCGCUCCGUUACCUCACUGUCGCCCACCAACCAUUCGUUCUUUGCCCACCAUCGACUAACCCGAGGCUCUUCGUUAAUGACGGACGCAGAUACACGACUCCUCGGCAUCCAACAUCAACCUCGAUCAUACCCAUUGAAUGUCUUUCUUAGUCGGGUCUUUUAUCGUAUCGGAUACGCCUGUUCUUCAAAGCCUUAUCUGACGAUCACGAUAGCCUUUCUUCUUUGCGGGUUCUUGAAUCUGGGCUGGUCAAAGUUCGAAGUUGAAAAGGAUCCUGUUAAAUUGUGGGCCGCUUCCGGAAGUCAAAGUGUUGCUCACAAAGCCGAUUUCGAAAACCGAUUUGGCCCGUUUUACCGCACUGAGCAGAUCUUCCUCUCUUCCAUCCUACCCGACCAACCCGUGUUAAACUACGAACGACUGAAGUGGAUGGCUGAUUUGGAGCAGGGCAUUCGGAAUUUGAAAUCCAAUUCAGGUCUCACUUUGGCUUCGGUCUGUCUGGCACCCACCGCAACAUCUCAUCCUCCCAAAUCAACCUCUGAUUGCGUUGUAGAAUCGAUUAUGGGAUACUUUGGUAACUCCCUUAAGGGAAUCGACGAAAAUAACUGGUCAGAAAGGUUGAAUGAAUGCGCGAGCGCUCCAGCUAGUUGCUUACCUCCCUUUGGCUCCCCGCUGAAUCCCAAGAUGAUUCUCGGUGGCCUCAAAACCUCUAACGACACAACCUCCACGGAAGUAGAUGCGAGCGGCGCCAAAGCCGCCAUUAUCACGUAUGUAGUGAAUAACUACUUGGAAUCUGACAAGCUGGAACAAGUUAGGGAAUGGGAAACGUCAUUGAAAACCUACUUGGAAGAAGUUACCGCUGGAAAGUCCAAGCAAAUCAAAGAUCCUCGAAGAAUUGGAAUGAACAUGGCUUGGUCGACAGAAAUCUCUCUGGAGGGCGAAAUCAAUAAGUCCACAAACACCGAUUUCCCAAUCGUGAUUUUGAGUUAUUUGGCCAUGUUUCUUUACGUAGCCAUUAACCUCGGUGGCAGUGGGAUCGUCAUUCUAUCCGCAAUCUUCCGUGGGAUCCUGGCACUGGCCAAGGUAUUGAUUCACCAGGUUUACCAACCUCCGGGAAACGACCCUAACUCGGUGUUUCCGACAGCGCAUCAUGCUCGAUCUACUUCACUCACACGUCAAUUAUUAGUCGAGUCAAAAUUCAGCCUUGCUCUAUGGAGUAUAUUGAUCGUUCUCCUGUCGGUGUCCACGUCUGUUGGCUUAUUCUCGCUGCUUGGCAUCAAAAUCACAUUGAUCAUUGCGGAAGUGAUACCCUUUCUUGUAUUAGCUAUCGGGGUCGACAACGUCUUUAUUUUGGCUAAUGAAGUCUCACGACAAAACUCCAAGGCUUACGCCUCUCUUGCUCGUGGGGGGCUGGGCUUCAGUGGAAUGGAAGGCCUUUUGGUAAAUGAAGACGAAGAUGACGUGGAGGGCUUGCCCGCAGUCGAGAUUCGUAUCGCGCGAGCUACCAGUCGCAUGGGGCCAUCCGUUCUACUCAGCGCAUCUUGUGAAGCCUUGGCCUUCGCUCUCGGAGCAAUCGUUGGGAUGCCGGCCGUCCGAAACUUUGCGAUCUACGCCGCUGGUGCUGUAAUCAUCAACACGCUUCUUCAAAUGACUGUCUUUAUCAGCGCAAUGGCAAUUGAUCUGCACAGGAUAGAGCAUAAUAAAGUAGAUUGUCUUCCUUGUGUUCAUAUAGCGACGUCGACUUCUUUUUCCGACCUGGCGACCGCAUCGGGAGAAGGCGACUUGGCCCGCUUCUUCCGCACAAUAUACAUGCCAUUUUUGAUGAAAAGAAAAAUUAAAAUCUUGGUGCUCAGUGUUUUUUCAGGCAUCUUUGUCUUUUCAGCACUUUGUUCCAAAAGAAUAGGGCUUGGACUAGACCAGCGACUGGCGUUGCCCCGAGAUUCACAUUUGGUACAUUACUUCAACGCCCUCGAUGAAUUCUUCGAGAUUGGUCCCCCAGUUUACUUUGUGGCUCAGAAUGUCGACCCGACUACUCGAGACGGCCAGCAAACCCUUUGUGGUCGCUUUUCUACUUGCCAGGCCCUAUCCAUGGCCAACGUCUUGGAAGCAGAGCGGAAACGACCGGAAUCCUCUUUCAUAGCUCAGCCAUCGGCGGUAUGGAUUGAUGACUUCCUUCACUGGCUCAAUCCAACUCUCGAAUCUUGUUGCAGGGUUAAAAAAGCAGAUCCAGAGGUAUUCUGUACCGACAGCGAUCGAGACAGGGAAUGUCGGCCAUGUUUUCAAGGCAAACAACCCCCCUGGAAUAUCACCAUGACUGGCUUGCCUGAGGGGCACGAUUUUAUGAAGUAUCUUGGACACUGGUUAGACUUCCCUACCACGGAUGCGUGUCCACUCGGAGGCAAGGCAUCAUAUUACAACUCCAUCGACCUUUCAAAAAAUAAUGAUAGUGUGAUGGCUUCUCACUUUCGGACAUACCACACUCCCUUGAAGCAACAGUCAGACUAUAUCAACGCAAUGACUUCUGCUAUCAGGAUCUCAGAAGACUUGUCCAAACGAACCGGAGGAAAGGUUUAUCCAUACUCGAUCUUUUAUGUGUUUUUCGAACAAUACAGCCGGAUCAUGACCACCUCUAAGGAAGUCAUUUUACUUGCUCUCUCAGCCGUCUUCAUCAUUUCAAGCAUUCUAUUGGGAUCCUGGCAAACUGGAGGGAUAAUGUGCAUCACGGUCUUCAUGAUCAUUGCCAACAUGACCGGCGGAAUGGCCGUCUGGAAAGUCGACCUGAAUGCGAUCAGCUUAGUUAACUUGGUCAUCGGGGUCGGGAUCGGGGUCGAAUUCUGCUCUCACAUUGUCAGAGCUUUCACUGGUGCUAACGGUGGUGGAUUGCCUAAAAGACAUCAUCUAGCUCAACGCGAUAGGGACGAGAGGAUCACGAUUGCCAUGAGCGAAGUGGGAUCAUCUGUCUUUGCUGGAAUUUUUUCAACCAAAAUCAUCGGUAUCGCUGUUUUGGGUUUGACAAAAUCCAAGUUGUUAGAGACAUACUUCUUCAGGAUGUGGUUAAUACUCAUAAUUUCAGGAGGAUUACAUGGAUUGAUACUCUUGCCAGUGAUGUUAUCGUACUUUGGAGACCAAGGAUUUGAACUUGAUGAUGACCAAGAUCUAGGCAAUCUAGUUCAGGCUCGAUAUGAGGUUGAGCAGCAACAGCGAAAUAACUUCUUGAAUGACGAUGAUGAUGAUUAG